UUGACAAGUUGUUUAUGUUGGUAAAAUUGAAACUAACCUAGAAAGCCGCACCAACAAAAAUAUUUAUUCAUUUUGUGUAUUUUAAGUGCUAAAGCAAUUUGCUUUAAGCAAAUAAUAAAAAUAAUUUAAUAUGGAAGUGGAUCCAUUUAGACCGGCGACAGUUCCCAUUUCCUCGGAAACUGUUAUGUGGUUUGAAUUCUUAUUGAAUAAAGAUUUGCUCAAAAAUCAUUUAGAACAAGAAUGCAUUGAUCCAUCACCCACAGAACUAAUUACAAAGUUCUACGAUGUUAUAUCUGAUAUUCUAAGGACCAAGAUUGAAAAUGAAAACAUUGAAAUAAUAAGAGUUGAUCCACCUGAAGAAGUAAGGCCUAAACAGUCUGCAAAAAAUAUAGCACUUAAAAUACUCUCCCUAAGGGUUAUGGCAUUCCUAAAAUGGAAUUUGGUACAAUUACGUUCUCUCCCAUUCAAAACGCAAAUUAAUUUGCUGCAAGAUUUAAUUUUUUUUACAAACGACAACAUAACAUUAGAAAUUCCGAAUAUUACAUAUGAUGAAAGUGUCCAUUCCAACAAACCUUAUUUAUUUUCACUAGUAAUAUAUCAUAGAUGGUUAUUGUACACAACAAUUCAUAGAAUAACACCUAAUUGGCAAUUAAGAUUUGGAUUAAAUGAAAUGUCCACCAUUGAAGAAAACAUAUUCUGCUCACCGGAAAGCAUUGAAAAAACCAUAAGCUUCCUAAACAACUCACUAAAAUGGACGGAUACACUGGGCAUGCUGACCUUCGAUUGUUUCCAACUACCAACUGAAACAAUUGAUAAGGCUGAGUGUGAUUGGUCAAAAACGUUGCCAAUAUCAAAAGAAGAAUUCAGCGCGCAAGUCAACUACGAUCUGGGUACUUUUUACUUUUAUAGGGAGGAAUAUUUGGUUGCGAAAGAGAAGUUUGGAAGUUCUUUGGAGUUUUAUAAUGCUAUAGAGAAGAAAAAUGGGUUUAUGGAUUUUGACAAGGAAGUGUUGGAUGUUUAUGUUAGGGCUUGCAAUUGUUUUACUGAAGGUGCUAAAGGGAAUUUAUUGGAACAGUUGAAUUCUUCUAUUGUUAAUCAGUAUAUGGGCAUAACUACAAUUUUGCAGCAAGACAAUGUUCAAAAAGAAAUACCUCUGUCUCAUAGAUUGAAUCUGGAGCUCGAUAUACAGGGUGCUGUUUCGAGUGGAACCUUUACUGUGGCUAGAGAUUUAUUGAGUAAAAUUAAGGCUUCAAAUAUCGUAAGAUGUGUUUUGGAUCAAAAACCACUUUAUCAGUGUGCAAUUGUAAACGAAAAGGAUGCCGAUUCUUUUGUUAAAGCGUGCUUGAGUACAUGGAAGCAAUUUUCUAUGCAUGAUAAAGGUAUUUUAAAAACGUUUUUGUUAGAAUUGAUUCUAAGGAAAGAUAUACCACAUAUAUUGCCACUAAUACACUCAUGUGAAAUUGGAAAAAUGUUUGAUAAAUUAGACUUGCAAUAUAUCAGUAAACAUACGGAAGAACAUUGUGAUAUUCCAGAAUCAUUGAUGACCACUGGGUUUACCAUGUUUGAUUUUAGUAAAAGAAAAAAGCCCAAAAUCGAAUUAAGACAGCUAGAACAAAAAUUAAUAUCUACCUAUGAUCAUAAAGAAGUGAGGGACUUAUUGGUGAAAAUUGCCAUGACAAAUUUGGGCACGUCAGUUUGGAAGAUAAACCCCCAAUGGGUGUUGCCCAUACCUCUAACCAGUGUUAUCAAAUCUUUAAUGAGAGGAUUUUUACAAGAUUUUGCCUUUGUUCUUCUCGCGAAAUCCAGGGAGCAAAUGUUGAACAAAUGUUGGAACUCCUCCUUGGAAUUGUUGAUAAUCUUGGACAAGGAAUUGCAAAUACAUGCUGGCAAUGACGUUGUUGCCAAAUUGUACAAACUCGUAAGCUGGGAGAUUUUAUUGGUGCAAAUUACACAGAGCUUGGAUGAGUGGCCCAAACAAACUAUAGACAGGAAUGCUUUGGCGAACGCGUGUGAAGUUUGCCUCCAAAGUAACGAGUCGGUUUUACCAAGGGUGGAAAUAAAAGAGCAAUGUGUGAUUUGCUUACUGAACAUGGGUAGAUGGGACUUUUUGAUUAAUUUCGAUAAAAGAUGGUCUACGUUUGAAAUAACCGCGGCCAUAGCGCUGGCUUGCCAGGAAGUUGUGAAACACAAAGGGGCUAAAGCUUUUUCGAAGAACCUUUGGGACCUAUGUAAGAAUUUUUUUUAUAGUAAUGUUUUAAUUAAUAAUAUUUUUUUAGUUCUUCCUAUUUUUGCCAAUCAACCUUCGCAAUCCAAGAGGGGAAAUUCGGGUGCUAACUUUCAAGAACCGCAAAUUACAAACAUGAAACUCAAUAUGAUGUCCAUAAUUACAAAACUUAAGGACUCUAUGGGGUUGACUGUAAUAAUAUCAGUUUUGGCCAAAAUUUAUAAUGUCCUUAAAGAUGAACCCACUUUGGAAUUGCAAGUGGAAUAUGCUAAUCAAUGGCCUGAUGUUAUAUCAAAUGCAAAAUCGUAUAAUACAGUAGCAGUGUGCGAUUUAUUAUCAGAAAUUGUUUUACAAUCUUUAGAGGAUUAUCCUUCCAAUGUUUCUUGGUUGAGGCUAAUGGGAGAUAUUAAUUUUGCUAACACUCACUACAAGGUAUCCCUCAGCUACUACCUGAAAUCCCUCUUGAUUUGCAACGACUACUUCAACAUUCCCGUGCGCAACGACGACCACGUCUUCCGCAGAAUGAUAAAAUGCUGCACCUCGUUGGGCUGCCACACGCAGGCGGCCGUGCUGUGCCAGUUUUUCGAAAAACCCGACUACCUUCUGGCCUUUCGGAUACUCGGCGACCAGAAAUCGUGCAACGACGCCAUCGACGCCUACUAUCACUGCUUUUGGGACACCAACAUCCUGGAGUACUUGAUCCACGUUCACAACAAAAAGGGGGAGUUCCAGAGGAGAAAGUGCGCGGUACAAGAGAUCGGGUUGUUGGAGUUGAACUCCAAUAACAACGAGGAGAUUCAGAGGGAAGCCAGUAAUUUGAGAAAGAGUAUCUUUUUGAGGGCUUUGUGUAAACAAGAUGAAGGGCUGGAGUGUUCGGUGUGUAAUAAAAGUAUUCAUCAAAAAUGUUUGAAAAGAGGUUCAGUGCCUGGAGGGCUUUGCGGCGAUUUAUUUUUUACGUUGAUUUGUCAGGAAUGUUCUUCGAACAAUUCGGAGACGUUUUGCAGAAAUAAAAUGUCCUGGCUACAAGUUAUACAUUUAGUUUUAUAUCACUUACAAAAUAAAAGUCCUGGGUUGGCAAGAAAAGGGUUUUUUCAUUGGAGAAAUCAUGUGGCUACUUUUGUUCACAAAAAUUGGGAAACUUUGUUGGGAAAUGAUGUGAAAAAGCGAAAAAAAUGGAUGGGGACUGUAGCAGGAACUUUAUCUCAUUUUGGUAAUAUUGGUAUAUUUUUGUCUGGCACUGCAGUUUUUAAUGAAGCUGCUUGGUGGACCUUGGCUUAUCCUAAACUUACACCGAUUGUUACAUCAAAUUUAUAUAACUUGUAUACAAUGGAAAAAGCGAAAGCAAAACUAAAUAACGAGAACAAAUUCAACAGUGACAGCGAAUUUUUUUCGAUAAUUCUAAAAAAAUAUAUUCACAAUGAAGAACUCAUUCAGCCUUUUAAUACAGGGGCCAUUCAAGCCAUAGAAGAGCCUAUAAAUGUGACAAGUACAAACAAUACAAAAAACAGCAAGAAAAGAAAUAUAAAUCCAUCUAUAGAAACUCAAACAAAAAAACUAUUCAAAUUAUCACAUUCUGUCAUGUUGUCGGACGACUUGACAAGUCAAUUUAAUGUAGCAGAAAGUAAUACACCAAGUGAGAUAGUACCACAAAUCCCAAAUAAAACAAUUGAAAAACCUGAGAAAAAGGAGGGAUUAAAACUGUUGGACCCAUUUUGUCACUACAACACAUCACUUAGCAAUCUAUCAAAGUUAUCAUUUGAACAAAUUCAGCUCAAGUUAACAGGAGGUAUGAGAAAAGAGCCGAUAUUAUCACCAUACAGUGGUAUUUAUUUGAAGCCCUACAUUCGCAGGGACACAACCACAUUUCCAGUAUGGUUGAAAUUGAUGGCCGAGUUGCAAUUAACAGUUAAUAGAAGAAAUAACCAGUAUGAAUUACCUCCAAGAGAGCCUAUAGACUAUACUUAUGUUCAACCUGAACAUAUACCUGCCAUAAAUAGCUUGCCGGCUUGGAGAAAUUGCGGUAUUGCCAAAUUUAUGAUUUACCAUCUUAUACAAACCAGUCUUGGAAAAGAUAUUACACUUCAUGUUUCAAUAAAUAGUCCGGCACUGUUUUUGUACCAAAAAUUCGGUUUUAAAGUGGAGCAGUACGUGAUGAAUUUUUACGAUAAAUAUUACAGAGAUGACGUAAAAGAAUCGAAACACGCGUUUUUUUGCAGAUUAGAAAGGUAA